AUGUCGGCGUCUAUAAAUCAUCUUUUUCUUGGGUGGAGAUUUGAUAGUAAUCACUCCCCAGAGGCGGAAAAUGGUAGAAUUAUAGUGGUUUGGGACCCUCUCUUAUCUGUCAUUACAUUUUUGAAAACAUCUCAGCUCAUCCUAGUGGGAGUUUAUAAUCCUGCAACCCGUCAUUCUUUCAACAUUGCCUUCAUUUAUGCAAGGAAUACGAGAGAGGAACGAGUUGUUUUGUGGGAUCUUUUGAGGGAGUUAGCUUCCACUGUUCCGGUCUCUUCUUCUCCCUGGAUCGUUAUGGGAGAUUUUAAUCAGAUCCUCUCUAUUGAUGAAGCUUACUCGUUGCUUCCGACAACUAUUUCCCUUCUUGGCAUGGUGAAUUUACAAGAGUGCCUUGAUUCUUGCCAACUCUUCGAUAUUUCGUCCAGAGGAUGCUUUUAUACUUGGGAUAAUAAAUCUUUGACAAAUCCCAAGGCUAGGAAGCUAGAUAGAGCUGUCAUUAAUGAGGUGUGGCAAGACACCUAUCCCAACUCUAAUGCUCUCUUUGACACACCAGGUAGCUCAGAUCACUCUCCGUGCUUGGUCUCUCUAUCAAAUGAAGUUACUCGUCGGAAGAUCAGAUUCAACUUCUUCACCUUUUUCACUCUUCACCCUGAUUACCGGACCCUUAUGGAAGAGGCUUGGAGUUCUGUAAGUGUCUCAGGAGGUACCACUUUCUCCCUUUACCAGCGACUGAGAUCGGCAAAGGCUUGUUGCAAAGGAUUAAAUCGAUCUUCCUUCAGUAACAUUCAGGCAAGAUCAAAGGGAGCUCUGGAAGCCCAGGAAUCAGUACAACGCAACUUGCUUUCUGAUCCUUCUCCUGAGCUGUUCCAUCUCGAAUUUGAGGCAAGAAAAUCUUGGGUUCUUCUCUCGACUGCUGAAGAAUCCUUCUUCAGACAGAAAUCUAGAGUCCACUGGCUUAAGGAAGGUGAUUCAAAUACUAGGUUUUUCCAUCGCUCUGUUAAGGCAAAUCUGUCCCGGAAUAUCAUUCAUCACCUGAGAGAUAAUAAUGGGAUUAAAGUUUCCAACCCAGAGCAGCUUAAGUCAAUGACAGUUGCUUAUUAUCGUGAUCUUUUGGGUUCUCCAAACCUUGCGGUGCAUCCCUUUUCUAAGGCCCAGAUUCAAGCCAUUCAUCCUUAUCGCUGUGGAAAUGUAAUGGCCUCUUCUCUGGUUGCUAUCCCAACAGAUGCUGAGAUUACCCAAGCUUUGUUCUCUCUCCCGAAAAAUAAAGCACCAGGUCCGGACGGAUUCACUAUGGAGUUCUUCACCUCCUCUUGGGAUUUGGUGGGUCCAGAUCUGUUAGCGGCAGUGAGAGAAUUCUUUACUGGGUCCUUUAUGCUGCGACAAGUCAAUACAACGGUAAUCUCCCUGAUCCCUAAAAUUGCAGGAGCUGAAACGCUUCAAAACUUCAGGCCCAUCUCUCUAUGCAAUACAGUGUACAAGGUCAUCUCUCGAAUUUUAUCUCUGCGUCUUAAGAGGUUAAUUCCUGAAGUAGUUCAGAGAAAUCAAGUGGGGUUUGUCCAAGGGAGGCUUCUGUGUGAAAAUGUUCUCUUAGCCUCCGAGUUGGUUCGAGACUUUAACAAAGAUGGUGUUAUUUCAAGAGGCUGUUUGCAAAUAGAUAUCUCCAAGGCAUAUGACAAUGUCGACUGGAGGUUUAUCAUUACCAUUUUGGAAGCAUUGGAAUUGCCCGAAGUUUUCAUUAAGUGGAUAUUUCUAUGCAUCUUUACGCCUUAUUAUUAUAUUUCCGUGAAUGGAGAGUUGGCAGGGUUUUUUAAAGGUAUGAAAGGGUUAAGGCAAGGGGACCCUAUCUCCUCUUCUCUGUUCGUUUUAUCAAUGGACAUUUUGUCUAAGUUACUGGACAAGGCGGUUCUGAAUGGUAGCUUCCGACCCCAUCCUUUAUGCUUCGAUCCUCUCAUUACCCAUUUGAGUUUCGCAGAUGAUGUUCUUAUCUUCUUUGAUGGUUCUGAGGAUUCUCUUCGAGGCAUUCUUCAUGUUCUUAAGGAUUUUGAAGGCACUUCUGGUUUGGCCUUGAGUCUCCGCAAAUCAUGUCUUUUUCUCGUUGGCAACAAACCUGUUCUUACUCAACAGUUAGCGUCUCUAUUUGGGUUGGUCCACGGAUCUCUUCCAGUACGGUACUUGGUACUCCCUCUUAUGCCUCACAAAUUGAGACCCCAAGACUACCAACCUCUUAUUGAUAAAGUCAGGUCUAGAAUUUGCUCUUGGACAGCUCGGCAACUCUCCUUUGCGGGAAGAUUACAACUAAUCCAGUCUGUUAUCUAUAGCACCAUCAACUUCUGGUCUGCUGCUUUCCCUCUUCCAAAAAGAUGUUUCAGUCUCUUGGAAAAAAUGUGUAAUGCCUUUCUUUGGAAUGGUGCUCCGGACUCAGCCAGAGGAGCGAGAGUCUCUUGGGAAUCAGUUUGUUCUCCUAAGAGUUCCGGUGGGCUUGGCUUGCGAAGACUUGAAGAUAUGAACCAAGUUUUUGGUCUAAAGUUGAUUUGGAUGAUUUUUGCCUCAAAUGGCUCUCUUUGGGUAGCUUGGGUGCAGAAAUAUGUUCUCAGAGGAAGAUUAUUUUGGUGCCCCUCGCUUCACGUGACGGGAAGUUGGAUCUGGAAACAUCUUUUGAAUCUCCGAGACGUAGCCAGAUCGCAUUUGUUCAUUAAGGUUAACUCAGGCAAUACUGCUCUGUUUUGGCAUGAUAAUUGGUCCGAUUUGGGGCCACUGAUUGACAUAACAGGUGUAAAUGGUCUGAGAGUAACGGGUAUUCAAAGAAUGGCCACAGUUAGCGAGGCUUGUUGUGGUUCUACUUGGUCAAUUUCUGGUGGGAGACACCCUAUUCUGAGGCUCUUACGAGAUUGUUUGCCUCCCUCGGUCCCAGCUUCUCUAAAUAGUAACAAGGACGUCUUCUUAUGGAGGAACUCACCUCUUGAUUCUCCAGGGGAAUUCUCAUCCUCUAAGACGUGGGACUUUCUCCAUCCGGCAGGCCCCUCUGUUACUUGGACUAAAUCUGUUUGGUUUAAGCAAAGGAUCCCUAAGCAUGCGUUCAUAAUGUGGAUUGUCAUGAGGGAUCGUCUACUUACACGCGACAGGUUAAAAUCGUGGGGUCUAUCAGUUCCUGAUUCAUGUCUUCUCUGCGAUUCCCAUCCGGAAACCAAGGUCCAUCUCUUAGGAGACUGUGUUUAUUCUAAGGAAUCUGGACAAGUUUCUUUAAUCACUCAGGUUUGGUCCUUCCUACUUCAAUAG